AUGACCGACGCGGUGUGCGUGUGGUCGAACGCCGAGCCACGCAAACGGCACCGCGCCCAGGAUCGCAGUGAGUCCCAGAACGAAUCGCGGCCCACGGAGUCUGAUGAGACGACCGCCGAUCGGGGCGGCGAUCAGCGAAACUAUCGCGCCAGGCAGCAGGAAUUCGACCGACGCACGCAGAAUGCUCGCGUCGAAGCCGUAUCCGGUGAGAUCGCGGGGAAGUUGUGCGAGAUACGAGAUCCCGAGGAAGUUCGCGAACAUGCCGAAGCCCACCACGACGCCGGCAAGAUUUGCCAUCAUCACCGGGCGGUGGACGAACAUCCGCAUGUCGACAAGCGGCUCGUCGACGAUCUUCUCGAUCCACACCCAGACUGCGAACAUCACGAUCGAGGCCACAAAAAAACACCGACGGUCAAGGGCGACAACCACCCCCCAUUGGUGGCCUUGAGAAAUCGCCAGAAGAAGCAGAAG